CUAUAGGCGACGGCAUAGAGCUCGCCGAGUCUAAAAAACAACAACAUUUCAGCUUCUUUUCCUCCUAGCCAAAAUGCUUGAGCAAGUGAUUAUGGAGUGCGUUUGUCAUCUACUGAACCGAUAGUACGCGGUAAAACCGGGAAGAUGAAACUUUAAGGACAAUCCAAAGAGCUUCUGCUGAAAACAUGGCUGUACGAGAGGAAGGGGAGAUUUUGCACAGUAAAAUCAGGCACCACGAUGGGGCUGGCAACGCAAACAGCACAGAGAGCUUCAGGAACGGCUAUGUGAAGAGCUGCGUCACCCCGUUGAAACAAGACCAUCAAAGGGGAUUUUUAUUUAACCUUUGUAGAUUUUGCAAUGAGGAUAUUUUAAACUCAAGACUAUUCCGGGUGUCUGCUCUCUAUGCGGGUGCAUUUGUAGUUUUUGCAGUGUCGUUUUUGAUACCCAGGAGCUUACAAAGUGAACACGGCGUCUUGGAUCUGCGGACUUUUCUCUCUCGCUUCUCGCAGUCCAUCAGUCCUCUAUUCAGCAUAGGUUGUGCGUACUUCUUUUUGACCUUUUACCUGAGAAGGAAAAAGAGAGAAAGUAGCAGAUGCUGGCUCCUGGCACUUCCAGCAUCAUGCUACUUCGGAGAUUUCUUGGUUUUGCGGUUUUUACAGUGGGGAGAGGAGCAACAUCAGAUGCAAAUGGUGGGCAGGUUGUUAUUUGUACUGGGCUGUGUAGGUUUACUGACUCUCAUCCCCACUUUGAAACUCAAACAUAGUAUUCUGAUCUUGGUGUUCGCCAGCCUGGUGUGGCUGGUCUCGUUCACCAGCCUCAGCUGCCUGCCGUUGUGUCUGAGGCCAGUCUUGGCGUGUUUGGCAGGGGUCUCCGGGUCUCUGCUGGCCCUCUGUUUCGACCAUUACGCGCCCCCAAGGGAAGCUCCGAGUAGGAUCUCCAACGCCGAGGAAAAGGUGCCUGUGAUUAGACCUCGGAGGAGGUCCAGCUGCGUUUCUCUGGGAGAAACAUCAACAAGCUAUUAUGGCAGUUGUAAGAUGCCCCGCAGACCGUCACUGCCUUGCAUUUCCAGGGAACAGAUGAUCCUGUGGGACUGGGAUCUGAAGCAAUGGUACAAGCCACAGUAUCAGGGGGCGGUGAGCGGGAGCGGCGUGGACCUCUCGGUCAUCAACGAGGCGCGCAACGUGGUGGCCGAGCUGCUGACGGACUCGUCGCUGUCCCCGCACGUCAGCUCGUCCCUGCGCAGCGUCAGCAGCCUCAUGGGCACCUUCUCAGGCUCCUGCCGGCCCCGCGUCAACCCCUUCACGCCCUUCCCCGGCUUCUACUCCUGCUCCGAGAUAGAGGACCCCGGGGAGCGCGGCGAGAGGAAGCCCCCCAAGGGCCUGAGCAGCAGGAACAGCCUGCCCACCCCUCAGCUGAGACGCAGCUCUACCUCCUCCACCCUCCCUCCCCAGCUGGAGUCGCCCGCCGCGCGCUGGGAGCGCAGCAGCGGCAAGAGAAGCCUCCAGGACUACACCAGCGGCGGCCAAGGGCCCCUGGCUAACGGCCCCAACAGUAACCUGCUGACCAUCCCCAAACAGAGAUCCUCCUCAGUCACCCUCACCUACCAUGCCAUGCCCAGACGAGCAGGUGCUUCUCCCAGCCUGAGUCCGGUGAGCUCCCCCAGCCACAGCCCUCCCAUGGCCAGCUCGUCCCUGGUGACGCGCUCCCCGGUGGAGUUCCCCGACACGGCCGACUUCCUGACCAAGCCCAGCGUCAACCUGCACAAGCCCCUGGGCUACACCCUCAGCUCCCCGGACUUCCAGCAGCAGUUCCGCACCCCUGUCCCUCUCUGCACCAGCUGCGGCCGUCAGAUGCUGAAGAGCAUGCCAAGUACGGGGGAGAUGGGGGAGAGCCAGCCACCCUUGGUCACCGAGGCCCAGCGCAGACGCUCAGCAGGCGAGGGUCCGGGUUACGGUGGUGAGGGCCUGAUCCGCGAGGAGAGCAUGGAGGCAGAGGCACCAGGAGAGAAGAGCUCGGAGAGCAGCAGAGACGGCCAGUCAGACGAGGAGGAAGCCAGCCCAGCUGAAGAGGCGCAGACACAGGAACCGGAGGGCGAGCAGGACUUCAAGCUGGACCCCAUGCUGGAGGAGCAUGAUGAGAUCAUGGAGAAGAUCAACACCUGGAACUUCCAGAUCUUCGACCUCAUGGACCGAACAGGCGGCAAGACGGGCAGGAUCCUCAGCUAUGUGGCCUACUCUCUGUUCCAGGACACAGGGCUGUUUGAAAUCUUCAAAAUCCCUGUGCGGGAAUUCAUGACGUACUUCUGUGCUCUGGAGAACGGCUACCGGGAUAUCCCCUAUCACAACCGUGUCCAUGCUGCUGACGUGCUCCAUGCAGUGUGGUUCCUCACCACCAAGCCCAUCCCUGGGUUCCAGCAGAUACACAACGAGCAUGUGACCGGAAGUGACACAGACUCGGACAGUGGGAUCUCUCCAGGCCGUGUGCCCUAUGCCAGCUCCAAGUGCUGCUCUAUCUCUGACGACAGCUACGGCUGCCUGGCCUGGAACGUGCCCGCCCUGGAGAUCAUGGCUUUGUACGUGGCCGCCGCGAUGCACGACUAUGACCACCCGGGGCGCACCAACGCAUUCCUCGUAGCCACCAACGCCCCUCAGGCGGUGCUGUACAACGACCGCUCGGUGCUGGAGAACCACCAUGCCGCCUCAGCGUGGAGCCUCUUCCUGUCGCGUCCGGAGUUCAACUUCCUGUCCAGCCUUGACCACGUGGAGUUCAAGCGUUUCCGCUUCCUGGUCAUCGAGGCCAUCCUUGCCACCGACCUGAAGAAACACUUUGACUUCCUGGCCGAGUUUAACACCAAGGUGAACGAUGUGAACAGUCCAGGGAUUGAUUGGACUAAUGAGAACGACCGGCUACUGGUGUGCCAGGUGUGCAUUAAGCUGGCAGACAUCAACGGGCCAGCCAAGGGCCGGGACAUCCACCUCCAGUGGACCGAAGGCAUCGUCAACGAGUUUUAUGAGCAAGGUGACGAGGAGACCAGCCUGGGACUACCCAUCAGCCCCUUCAUGGACCGCUCCUCGCCACAGCUGGCCAAACUGCAGGAGUCCUUCAUCACGCACAUCGUGGGGCCGCUCUGCAACUCGUACGACGCAGCCGGCCUGCUGCCGGGCUACUGGAUCGACGGAGACGGAGAGGGAGAGGGCUCGGAGGAAGAGGAGGACGCCGAGGAGGAGACCGAGUCGGAUGAGGACGACGAGUUGGAUGAGGAGCUUGAACCAAAAAGGAGAAAGAACAGACGCCGGCUCUUCUGCAACAUCAUGCAGCAGCUGACGGAGAACCACAAGAAGUGGAAGAAGACCAUCGAGGAGGAGGACAAGAGCAAAGCAGAGCAGGAGCAGCAGCAGCAGCCCCAGGGGGCCCAGGGGGGCCAGCAGAACCAAGCAGAGCUGCCCUCCCCGGGCCUGCCUUCUUCAGGCCUGCCCUCCUCACCCUCCGACGACAUCCAAGUCAUCCAGGAGGAGGCCGAGGAGGAGGAGCGCCAGUAGCCCAGUAAGAGGAAGAGGAUGCUGGAUGUGGAUGUGGACGACUCCCCUCUGAGGGUUAAGGGGGAGGCUGGGGAUAUCAGGGAGGCCUGGUGGAAAUAGGUGGAGGGAAAGCACAACACAUCAGUGUGCGGCGCUCCCCUCUGGACCUGUCUGGGAAUUAACAAUUCAUCUGACACACACACACACACACACACACACACACACACACACACACACACACACACACACACACACACACACACACACACACACCAUGAUGCUCAAGUCACAAGAUGAUACCACCUCCCUGCCCUACUCCCCCCAGCGCCUCACCCCCUCACCACCGCCCCUGUACCCCCCACACUCCCUCCUUUCUCCCGCUAGACCUCCACACGCUGCAUAAUGGUCACUGUGUCGACACACAGACGAUGCUGAUGCAGUUUCCCCGUUCUGUUCUGUUGAGAUAUACGUAUAAAAAAGGCCUUACUACUGUGAGAGGAUCCUUGCUGCAAUGGUGGGAGCCCCACUACUAUGCACUUUCAACCCCAUGGAGAAAUCUUUAAGAGAAAGAAAGGAAGGAACACAGCACCCCGCUGAACCCACCUAAUCGUCCCCUCCGCCCUCCGCGCAUAGAAAAAACAACAGAAAAACAAAAUGACGAAGGGGGUGGAUUUUACCCAGAGGUGCCCAGAGACGUCACCUCCUUGGUGAAAACGGGCUGUGAUGCUGCCUUGAACUCCAAAAAAACUCUUAACUCUCCUAUAGGUACUUAAAAAAAGAAAGAAAUAUAGAUCUAUUUAAAAAGACAAAAAACAGUAGGUAAACAGAUACAACAUCAACACAUAAAACAAAAAUGUGAUAAGACACAUGUUACCAAAGCGAACAGUUCAAAAACAUGGAAAAACGACACCACACACACACACACACACACACACACACACACACACACACACACACACACACACACACACACACACACACACACACACACACACACACACACACACACAACAGACUUGAGACUGAGACUUUCCUUCAGGCUCCGAGUCGGGAAUAUUCUAGAGAGAAAAAAAAAACAUGAAAUCAAAUGUGCCUGUCUGAACCUUUAUUGUCUUUUUUUUAGAAAGUGGUCCAAGAGAUGGACUACUGUAACUCCGCACUUACCCAGGUGCAGAGAUCCCUCCUCAUGCUGGCGACACAAAACACUGUAUCAAACCCAGUCACGGGGACACACUGACGUUUUGACUGAAAAAGAAAAGAAAAGAUUUGAACGUUAAAGUGAAAAGGAAAAAAAAACGGCAUCAUUUUGGAUGCUUUUUUAUUCAUGUUGUACCACCUGCCUUUCAUUUGACUCUCUUUCGUCUUCUGUCGACCUAUCUUCGUAUGUUUCAAGGUAUGUGUAAUUCUGUGGGUGCGUGUGGGUGUGAGUGUAAUGCCCAUGUGUGCAGGUGUCCUUCUGUGUGCGUGUGUGCGUGUGUGUGUGUGUGUGUGUGUGUGUGUGUGUGUAUUCCUUUUUUUUAGGAAUGCCAAUCAUCAUUCGUCCCUCUCUCUCUCUCUCUCUCUCUGUCUCUCUCUUGCUGGUUUUCAGUGCACCUCUGUUCAAAAAGACACAAAAGCUGUUGUUGUCAUGAAGGGAUGUUUUUGUUUUUUUGUUUUCCUUUGUAAGUUUGAAUUUGAUGUCUCUUUUUUUCGCAGUUACUCAGGAUUCACACAAAUAUGACUAAUUAUUCACAUUCUAGCAGGAUGAUCUAGUAGCGUAUGUUUCAACAACAAAAAAAUCAAAGAAGGAAGAGGGUGAAAUAAUUUAAAAAAAAACAGAAUCCAGUAAUCGAUUAAAGGGGCCUAACCUGA